CGAUAUUUUGACUCUACGAACCAGUUUUUUUUUUUUUUUCAGCUCCCUCCACUUAUCACCGCUCUUCUGAACCAUCUCUUUGGUGGUGAAUUAGGGAUUCCCCUGUCGACCUUGGAAAACCCCCCAACUGCACCCACUCAUUGGUUUCAAUUUCGUUCUUCUCUCUCGUUCGUUUACUGUUCGAUUCUUUUUCUUAUCUGUUCAUCCUCUGCUCGUUGCGAAGGAACACAAGGACCGAGGAGAAUCUGCGACUAUCAGUAAUCUUCUUCAUUGUUGAAAUUUGUCCUCCCUGAGGUUUUAUCGGGGGAAGAAAAUCAUUGAGAGUGGAGUUCAUAAUUCAAUACAUGCCAGGGUAAUGUAACAAAAGUAUCGUUACGGGAUGAACAACGAGGUUUUUGAAGCGCAGGUAUUGGGUGAGAAGUUAUCCAAGCUCAACAAUUCUCAGCAGAGCAUUGAGUCUUUAUCAAGAUGGUGCAUUUCCCACCGGAAAAGGGCCAAGCAGAUUGUUGAAACUUGGGAUAAAUUAUUCAACUCAUCUCAGCAAGAGCAGCGUGUUUCAUUUCUGUAUUUGGCAAAUGACAUUUUGCAAAACAGCAGGCGCAAGGGAAGUGAAUUUGUGAAUGAAUUCUGGAAAGUUCUUCCUGGUGCUCUCAAGUAUGUCUACGAUCAAGGCGAUGAAAAUGGAAAGAAAGCUGCUGCUAGACUUGUCAACAUUUGGGAAGAAAGGAAGGUUUUUGGUUCUCGGGGUCAGAAUCUUAAGGAUGAAAUGCUUGGUAAAUAUCCACCUCCAACUCCAUUACCCAGCAGCAAUGGCAAGAGUUCAAAUCCUAAAAAAAUAGUGAAGAGGGAUGCCCACUCUGUGAGAAUUAAACUGGCUGUUGGAGGUGUUCCAGAGAGGAUUCUUACUGCAUUUCAAUCUGUACUUGAUGAACAUCUGAAUGAGGAUGCUGCUCUGAACGACUGUAGUUCUGCUACUCAUCAUCUGAAUCAAAUUGAGGAAGACUUGAAUGCUUCCUUAGCUCAAGGAACUCAACCAAGGUCUGCAUUGCUUGACGACCUUCAAGAGCAGGAAAAUGUAAUUCAACGAUGUAUUAGGCAACUCGAAAGUGUUGAGGCAACUAGGGCUUCUUUGGUUUCCUUGCUUGUAGAAGCGCUUCUGGACCAAGAAUCAAAGCUGGAACUAGUUCGCAAUCAGUUGCAGAUUGCUCGAUCUCAAAUUGAGCUAGCAAGUAAUGUUCGGAAGAGAUCUACUUCGACUCCAGUUCCUGGUCCUUCAGCUACUACCAUUAAUGUACCGACAGAAACGACCCAUGUGAUUGAUACUAAGUUACCUUCUGUCCAACAGAACGCAAUCGCUUCUCCUGUCCAGGCUAUGGCUUCUUUUGCUGGUCCUAAAACCAGUGAAGAUGAAACGAAGAGAGCAGCUGCUGCUGCUGUUGCUGCGAAGUUGGCUGCUUCUACAUCUUCGGCACAGAUGCUUACCUCUGUUCUUUCAUCCCUUGUUGCAGAAGAAGCUGCUUCCAUGAAUGGUAGCCUAAAAUCAUCUGGGUUUGCUUCAUUGUCCAUAUUCCCCUCUGAGAAACGACAGAAACUUGAGAAGCCAAUGCCUAUAUCCGAUGUCAGCGGUUCAGAUGGUAUUGGCGCAUCAUUCAUUACACCUAUGCAACAACAACAACAACAGUUGACAAGUGUGCCACUUGCACAAUCAGCAAACGGGCAACCUGUAUCCCAGGCGAACCCGUGUCAAGCUUCAUUUGCUCCACCACCUCCACCAGCACCACCAUCUUUAUCCUCAACUCCACCAGUGAAUCAAUAUGCGCAGUCUGGUGGAUUAAUGGGGGUAUCACCGUAUAGUUUUGGAGCAUAUUCUCUACCACCUCCACCUCCUUUGCCUCCUCAUAUUGCAAUGGGUUUGAGCAGGCCAAUGUCUCAGCCGCCUCAGCAGCAGCAGCCUCAGCUGACACUGCCUACUUCAGCAGGAUUUUAUCGGCCACCAGGUAUAGGUUUUUAUGGGCAAGGCCAGCAGUCGACGCCGCCACCCGUACCUAGGCAGUAAGUUACCAGGUAGAAUUUACUUGGGCCAAAUCUUCACUCAAGGGUUAACAGCUUUAAUGGGUCAAA